UAGGCCUGAUGGUGGAGGAAGUGGGCUCUUGCGCAGUAUUGUGUGAAACCACCGAUGGUCCCAAUCAGUGCCUUGCCCCAGUUGGAAUCUGGCGGGGAUCUUGAUGGUCACCUUCCUUCCAAUUCCCAGAGCUUCACAACAAUGUUGCUGCUGCCCCUGCUUCUGCCGGUUGCCUCGUUUCUCCUGCCAGCAAAGGCUGAAGUGGUACAAGACUUCAAGAACUGCCUCGAGUUCUUUUUGGAUAAGUUACCACCUGGAGAUUCUCUGACGCCAGGCAACCCUGCAAGGAUUUGCCAGUUUUACAAGAACGCCUACCGUUUUGCCACCAUGUACGACCGAGAGAAGCGCAUCCCCAUCUACUCAGCUUACAAAUGCAAGCCCGGACAAGGUCCCAGGUACCAAGGUUGGAUGAUUGAGCCUCAGCUUGUAGAUCUCACUUUAGGCAAGAGCAUGGAAGAUGAGCAUCAAGCCAACAUUCCUGCUGAUAUGAUAAAAAAGAGCCAGGCCACUUAUGGAGAUUAUGCCCAUUCCUUAAAUAUUGAAAGGGGACACUUGAACCCAGUGGGCCAUCAACCUGAUGAAGACAGUCGAGCUGCAACUUCCACCUUGACUAACAUUGUGCCUCAGUUCAGCAAACUCAACCAGGAUGCCUGGGCAAGCUUUGAGAAUCGGAUCAGAAAAGAAGCUCAGGCUUGCCAUGAUAUGUACGUCAUUGUGGGGGUUGUUCCUGGAAAGGAGUACCUCUUGGAUCACCGGGUCAAUAAACCCAGCCACAUCUGGUCUGCAGCAUGCUGUGUGAAGGAUAAGGAGAGGAGGACUUCAUGGGCGGCCAUUGCAAAAAACAGUGAGAAUGAAGUAAAAGAAUGGAGCUUGGAGAAACUACAGAAGGUGCUUGCUGAACUCUAUGGGAGGGAGAAAAUUGAUAUAUUCAACGGCUCCUGUUAAGAGAUACUGAACUGGACCAGGAGCGUGCAUGGGGAGGGGGUGUCAACAAAGUCAAGAUGGCGGCUGUGUCCAUACCAUUGAAGUCUUGCUUUUUUUUAAUGUGCAUCGCACAUGCAAUGCACAUAGAAGUAGAGCAGAGCUUUGAUUGUAUGGUGCAGCCACCAUACUGAUUUUUUUUACACACACAAUCACCCCUUAGCUGGACAUAGUUUUUUUCUGGUGGGCAAAUGUAGUGAAAAGCUCCCCCAAAGAAACGCCAGCAACUGGAGAGAAUCUGAAGGAUCAUCUUAGUUCCAAAGCUAGCAGGUUACAACGAGUCACUCCCACCCAGGCAGGCCAGAAACAGGAACCCCAACAUUACAUAGGUCUUCUCUAGAAUGUUGAUUAAAGAAAGUGUGAGCAUGCUUAGACACUAAUAGGGGAUUCCAA